AUGCGGUUGACCUCCAUCUUCUGCGUUUUCGCAGUCGUAUUCGCGACAUUAGUUGCUGCCUGGACUGAGGCUGACUACGAGAUCUUCGACCUCGCUGCCUCCCUCGAGACCCAUGAAGGCCCCGGCACAACCUUUUACUCCUUCCUCAAAGUCCCCAAGUCCGCAGACCUAGAAGCCAUCACCAAGGCCUACCGAAAACGCUCCCUCGCCCUCCACCCCGACAAGAACCGCGGCAAGAAGGGUGCUCACGAGCGUUUCGCACGUCUUGGUGUCGUCACCCAAAUCCUCCGUGAUGGUGAGAAAAGGGCAAGAUACGACCAUUUUUUGAAUAAUGGCUUCCCGAGGUGGAGAGGUACGGGUUAUUAUUAUUCGAGGUUUAGGCCGGGGUUGGGGAGUGUCUUGUUAGGACUUUUGGUUGCUGGGAGUGCGGCGCAGUAUGGGGUUCAUGUGCUUGUCGCUAAGCAGAAUCGUGGACGGCUGGAGAGACAUGUCCGUGAGGCACGGGGGAUGGCGUGGGCGAGUUCUGGAGGCUUACCAAAUGGCCGCAAGAUGAAGGUCACGAACCCGGAGACUGGACAUGCGUUCGUUGUAGAUGGCAAGAGUGGUGAUGUGUUUUAUGUCGAUGACUUUGGGGAGGAACACUUUGUCGACGUUAAUGAGGUCGAGGGACCAUCCUUCAAACGCACAAUGCUCGUGCAGCUCCCGAAGUUGAUCUGGAGAAAGACGAUUGGUGGGUGGAUUAGACGUCCUGACGAAGAGGGCGAGCCGGCAUUUGGGGAGAGUGAGACGGAGGAUGGGGAGGUUGUCGUUGUGAAGCAGAUUGAGGCUGAGAAGAAUGGCAGUGGGACCAGUACGCCGAAGGAGACAAAGGUUUUGGAGAGUGGGAGGGUUGUUGGAGCGAGGAAGAGGAGGGGUGGUAAGAAGUAG